UGGAAGAGCAAAGUUCUAGGGCAGAGCCUUCCUUCCCAGAGCCUGGCGAUGCAGUCGCUCUCGGAUACCUGCUCCACUAAGCGCCUCGUCUGAAGAUCUGCUGCCGCGGAACAGUUGCGUCUCCAUCUGGCUGCCAACCCACCCGAGCUUUCUUCUCCUCCUCCACCACCACCUUCCUGCCUUCCCCCUCCUCCCCCUCCUUUCCGUCUUCCCUCUCCACCCCCGCCCCCAAUCUCCUCCUCUUUUUCUCACUACAAGCGGUUGCUGAUGCUGAAGCUGAGCGUCACUUCGGCUCCCACGGCAGACAUGGCGACAUUGACAGUGGUCCAGCCGCUUACUCUGGACAGAGAUGUUGCAAGAGCAAUUGAAUUACUGGAAAAACUACAGGAAUCUGGAGAAGUACCAGUACACAAGCUACAGUCUCUCAAAAAAGUGCUUCAGAGUGAGUUUUGUACAGCAAUCCGAGAGGUAUAUCAAUACAUGCACGAAACGAUAACUGUUAACGGCUGUCCCGAAUUCCGUGCGAGGGCUACAGCCAAGGCCACAGUUGCAGCUUUUGCAGCUAGUGAAGGCCACUCCCACCCUCGGGUAGUCGAACUGCCAAAGACUGAUGAAGGCCUUGGUUUUAACGUGAUGGGAGGAAAGGAGCAAAAUUCUCCCAUUUAUAUCUCUCGCAUCAUUCCUGGAGGGGUGGCUGAAAGACACGGAGGCCUCAAAAGAGGAGACCAGCUGCUAUCAGUGAAUGGAGUGAGUGUGGAAGGAGAGCACCAUGAGAAAGCUGUGGAACUACUCAAGGCUGCGAAGGACAGUGUCAAGCUUGUGGUCAGAUACACCCCGAAAGUCCUGGAAGAAAUGGAGGCUCGCUUUGAAAAGCUGCGGACAGCCCGGCGUCGGCAGCAGCAGCAAUUACUCAUUCAACAGCAGCAGCAGCAGCAGCAACAACAAACACAGCAAAACCACAUGUCGUAGGACUUUGAAGGAAAGCUACCUGAUCAAACAUCUGAUAGUCACAAAUUUGAAAACGUGCUUCAGAAUCCCAGCACAUAGUAAAGGAAAAGACAACACUGAUAAUUAUACCUGUCAAGAAGCUGUGAACACAUGGUGUAUAAAUUCUUUACCACGGCAACUCGACACCUUCCUUCUCUGGGCUUGAGCCUCCCUGUCGCCCCCCCUGCUCACCUGCUCUUUACACACACAGACCUUCCAUUCACGGCAGUGGGAAUUCUCAGUGUGUAGAGAGAAACACUCCAGUCUGCAGACUGAAACAGUGUGAGAAGAGUAAAGUCUGUGACUUUUGAAUAAAUCGCCAGGGUCAGGAUUAAGGGAAUCUUUGGUCUAUGGCUUUUCCAGAGAUUAGCAAGCCCCUCAUUAGGCCCCAGUUCAAACUGCAUCAGUUCAAGGUCGUUGCCACUUGAAAGAAUCUUACACUCUUCCCCUGGCCCUGGCCCGUUUGUUCCACAGUCCAUAUUGCUGAGUUGUCCAAGUUGGAAUUCCAGGCCAUUGCAAAUUCAACCUAUCCUCCUUUGGAAAAUGGCAAGUUAUUACACCGUAUUUAUAGUCUCUUCAGACUCCAGAAGCAACUGGCUUUUAAUUUCUGUUUCCAUGAAUUUUAUUAUGCAUUAACAGAGUGGGACACUUUUAGCUCAACUUUUAGUUUGUUAGAAACAAAGGUAGGCACUCUAGUACUAUACUUAUUUUAAUUUAAGUAUGGUUUGUAUGUAUUAUUAUUAAUUCUAACAGAAUAUAAU